AUGGAGGCUCUCAUAGGAGGCACGCCGAAGCAAGUCCUUCGCGCGGUCCUCAGCACACCUAUAACAGCGUCUCUCCACCAGCGAGCGGACGAUUCUGAAGCCAAUAAUGCCGCCAAGAAAGACCAAGGGAUUGGUAUAGUGAGCUUCCUCACUGCCUUCUUGGUUGCCGUGAUCGUUUUUUCAGUCCAGACACUGCUGUUUUUACUAUUGCGCAACAAAUUAGCCCGCAUCUUUAAACCAAAGACAUAUCUUGUACCUGAUCGCGAGCGCACAGAAUCGCCCCCUUCUUCAAUAUUCGGCCUCGGUCGAACACUCUUCAAAUUAAGCGAUCGGGAAGUCAUUCAAAAAUGCGGACUUGAUGCUUACUUCUUCCUCCGCUACCUAAAAACGCUCCUCGUAAUCUUCAUACCGAUAUGUGUGGUUGUUAUGCCCAUCCUAAUCCCGCUCAACUACGUGGGUGGCAAAGGACAGGAUAUCAACGUUGCUAGCGACGAUGCAGCCAGAAACGCAACUGACACGGUUGUUGGCCUCGAUACUCUCUCUUGGGGAAAUGUCCAGUCAGUCAAUACCGAUCGCUACACAGCCCAUCUCAUCUUGGCCAUCCUUGUUAUUGUAUGGGUUUGUGCUGUGUUUUUCUUUGAGCUCAGGGUCUACAUCAAGGUUCGACAGGACUACCUUACCAGUGCUGAGCACCGACUUCGCGCAUCCGCCACUACCGUCCUGGUCUCCGAAAUCCCGGGCAAAUGGUUGAGUGAAGAAGGUCUCAGGGGCCUCUUUGACGUAUUCCCAGGUGGUGUUCGCAAUGUGUGGCUCAAUCGCGACCUUUCCCUCCUUCUCGAAAAAGUCAACUUGCGCGACAAGAUCCACAAGAAGUUGGAGCAGGCCGAGACUGAUUUAAUCAAGGCUGCCAAAAAAGCCCAGUUGAAAAUGAAGAAGGCUGAAGAUAAAAAGUCUAAGAAGCUAUCGAGACAGGAGAGAGCAGCCCUCGACGCUGAGCAAGAUGCUCAGGCUCAGGAGAUGGCUAAUAGUGGACAGGGUCUCAACGCCGGAGACGAUAACCGAUUUUCUCGUAUUGGAGAUGAUUAUUCGGGCCUCCAGGAGAGUACUGGUCAGACCGAGAAUGGACAGGCUGCUGGAAAGGGCCUCAAGGUUAUUGGUGACCCCCUUGCCAAGGUUGGCCACGGGUUGAGAGGUGCCUUCAACAAAACUUCCAAGGAUUUGAAUGACGAGCUGGAAACAACCAAUGGUUUUCUCGGGCUUGGUCUCAGUCGGGAUCCUGCGGCAAAAUCACGCGUCGAGGAGCUUCAGAAUGACCGAGAAAACGGUCCGCGCCCAUCCGUCACGGAGACACUCCGGACUCAAACACGCACAAUUACCCCUGAUUCAUCCAAGGCCGUCCAAAGCAACGAACAUCAGCGCCCUAUUGGGAAUACGGUUCGGAAAUUGUCAGAUUUUGAUGAACUUUACAUGAAAGGUGAAACUAGGUUUUGGCAAUUUUGGAAACCACCAACUGGAGGUUAUGCCUCCCCGGUUCCACAAGGACAAGAGGCAGCGGAUUACAUGGCUAGCCAAGAAGCCAACAAGAAGACGUUUUGGGAGAAUUUCAAAUCCUCACUCCCGUUUAUGGGUAAAGAGGAGGUGAAGCCAGUCGAGUACGAAAUUGCCCACAAUGCCGAAAACAUUGAGAGUGAAGGAGACCAACCGUUGUGGCAAAAGUAUUUGAAAGAAAAGAACCGACCAACACAUCGCCUACCCCUCUUUGGGGUCCAAGCUCUGCCUGGGCUUCCACUAUUUUCGAAGAAGGUCGACACCAUUUAUUGGUGUCGCGAGGAACUUGCUCGCCUAAACCUAGAAAUUGAAGAAGACCAGAAAUAUCCCGAACGCUAUCCCCUUAUGAGCUCCGCCUUCAUUCAGUUCGAACAUCAAGUCGCAGCCCACAUGGCUUGCCAGAGCACGAUGCAUCAUGUGCCUAAGCAUAUGGCACCCCGAGUCGUGGAAAUUUCUCCGCGCGAUGUUGUGUGGGACAAUAUGAAUCUUCCUUGGUGGCAAGAAUGGGCUCGAACAGGUGUCGUCGUCAUCUGUAUAGUUGCCAUGGUUCUUCUCUGGGCGAUUCCUGUGGCUUUCACGGCGUCUCUGAGCCAGCUCGAUGAAUUGAUUCGUCAAAACGAAUGGCUUAGCUUUCUCAAGGCAAACCCUACCAUCACAACUGUGGCUACAGCCGUUGCUGGUGUCCUCCCCGCCAUUUUACUUUCGAUCUUGCUGAUUCUGGUGCCCAUUGUUCUUGACUUCUUUGCCAAGUUCAAAGGGGCAAAAACUGGCUCACAGAAGACCGAAUUCGUGCAAGUCUUCUAUUUUUUCUUCCUGUUUGUUCAAGUUUUCCUGAUUGUGUCUGUGGCAUCCUUCUUUGCUACCUCAAUCGACAGGCUCACGGCAAACAUCCAGUCGCUGCAAUCUGUCACCGCAGUUCUUAAUCUCCUGGCCACCAACUUACCAAAGGCGGCUAACUACUUCUUUUCCUACAUGAUUCUACAAGCUUUGUCAACCAGUUCUGGAACUCUACUUCAGAUUGGAACGCUCUUCGUGUGGUUCAUCUUGGCCCGGAUCGUCGACAGCACUGCGAGAAACAAAUGGAGGAGAAACACCACCCUCAACUCCGUUAAUUGGGGAACCUUCUUCCCAGUCUAUACGAACUUUGCCUGCAUUGGCAUUAUUUACUCCGUGAUUGCGCCGUUGAUUUCUAUCUUUGCUAUAAUCACUUUUAGCCUUCUAUGGGUUGCUCACCGUUAUAGCAUGCUCUAUGUCACCCGCUUUGAAAAAGAUACCGGCGGUGUGCUAUACCCUCGCGCAAUUAACCAAACUUUCACUGGGGUUUAUUUCAUGGAGCUCUGCAUGGCUGGCCUCUUUUUCAUUGUCAAAGACGAAAAUGAUAGGAAUUCGUGCACGCCGCACGGAAUCGUCAUGUUGGUGGUACUAGUUCUCACCAUCUUAUACCAACUUGCCCUCAACAGAUCAUUUUCACCGCUUUUCCGCUAUUUACCGAUCACCUUUGAGGAUGAAGCUGUUUUGCGUGACGAGGCGUUUAACAGAGCCCAGAGACGACGCUUCGGGCUAGACUCCGAUUCGAGCUCAGAGGAUGAGGAAGGCGAGGAUGCUGCUGAUCAAAAAAGCCCGCGCUCAGAGAAAUCCUCUAGCCGGCUUAGAUCUCCAGUCAUUGGCACUGAUGGUGCUAUCGAGAUGGAAGAUAUCGGCCGGAAAAAGAGCUCCAGGCUCCGAAAUCCCAUGAGACAAGUCGGAAACUGGGCCAAAGGCGGCGGCAAUCAGAUUCGAAAAAUCACAGCCACAGACCGCAAGGCAAUAGAGUAUCGACAGAAACAGCGACAAAAAGAUCUAGAGGCCCAGCGUGCGAUAGGUGAUGCAUUGUAUGGGGGGAUGAAUGACGAAAUCGAAGAUCUAACGCCUGACGAAAGAGAUUCGCUCAUUCGCCACGCCUUCAAGCAUGCUGCUCUGCGUGCUCGCCGCCCAACAGUGUGGCUGCCCCAGGAUGAUCUGGGUAUCAGUGAUGAUGAAAUUCGCAGAACCCAAGCGUUCAGCAGCCAUAUUUGGAUCAGCAAUGAGGGAACUGCUCUGGACAGCAAGGUGAGAGUUGUGUACGGGACAAACCCCCCAGACUUCUCGGAAAUCGAUGUGAUCAACCUGUAA